AACUCAAACUUAAACUCUUUUAAAUAGGAGUAAUUAAUCAAUUUUGGUUUGUAUUUACUCUUGUUGCACAACCCCUUCCGAUUGAAGCACGACUCCCUUUCUCGAUUGCAUCGACAACACGCGCUCCAUCUUUGAUCUCCUUCCGCCAUCGCCGCCGCCACCCGCGCACAUGUCAUCUUUGUUGCGCCGUCAUCGCCACCACCUUCAAAGAUUUGCCACCUAAUUGCAGCGAUCAACGCUGAUUUGCCGAUGUCAAUCCCCUUCCUCAAUCCAUUCAAUUGUGCCAUCGUCACCAAAUUGCAGCCCUAUAGCCACGCUAUGCAACCCCACUCUCAGAUUUGUCAUCGCGUGCAUGCCACGCCGCCCACCUCCAUCUGUCUCCCUCAAAGCCUUUGAUUUCAAAACGGUAGAUGCGGCUCCAGGCUGGCACCCCGCAGCAACAAGUGGCACAGCAACACGGUGGGGGCAGAGCAAGGCAAAGGGUAGGGACGCCACUGGGCGGCAAGGAGUUCUGGUGUUGACGAAAGUUUACGUUGAACCGCUGCUGAAUUUUUUUAUUUCUAGAGUUACAGUGGAGAUCAACCGGCAGGAGGUUGAAACUUGAGGCUUUGUGCGUGUAGGCUAAAUCAUUUUUUUUAUUAAUUAAGUCAAUUACUUUUAUUUAGAAAAGUUUAAAUUUGAACUCAUAUUUUAAUGAUAUGACAUACGUUUUUACUCCAAGUUUGGUCCUCCCUUAUGUAAACUCUAUUUUGUAUAAAUAAAAAAAAUACCCGGAGUACAAAAUAUGAGUGAAAUUGGCAUCUAAUAUUCAAGUUGAACUCUUUUUUGGCAUAAAAAUAAACAUAAAAACAAGACUUUUCU